UUUCUGUGGAAUGAAGGCCUUAAUUUCAUUACCCAUCAGCCCUUUUACACCUCGCCCAUGCGCACUUCCACCCGUCCUUGGUGUCGUCCAGUCUUCACCCAGCUGCAGCGGCGAGGCCUGGAAAAGCGUUUCCAAGCAACCAAGUACGUCACUAAACGAGAGCGGCUUCAGAUCGGCGCCAUGUUGGGUUUGUCCGAAACACAAGUGAAAGUUUGGUUUCAAAACAGAAGGACAAAGUGGAGACAUGAGGCAGCAAAGAAAGAGAAGAAAGAAGAAAAACAAUUAAAGGAGCAAAGCUCAACAAAAACGAACAAUUGUGUCCAGAAAGAGGAACUGAAGGAAGAGAAUGAGCAGGAAGAGGAAUAAUUUGAAAAUUGAAAUGGAAGAGAGAACUUCCCAACAUAUAAAAAUGUAAUGGUCAUCUAAUGAUAAUAACAACAGUAAUGAUGAUGAUAGGGAAUACUGUAGUACUCAUUCGAAACCAUCAUUACCAUCAUCAUCUUGUCAAAAGAAGAGUUAGAGCCUUAAAGUUUCUUUACAUGCUGCUAGCGGAGCGUUAGAACGGGACAUCAUGUCUUAAAAGGAUUUUUUCAUAGCAGUAACAGAGACAGGAUUUGGAAGCAUUCCAUCCAUAAUUAAGCCGACUCUCCUUCCUUACGAAUCUGAAGGAAUCCGAGACUGAAGGGAGACGAAAGCGUUGGAGGAGGUCGUUAAUGUACGUUUAAGAAAAAGUAACUUAAAUUUAAGGGGGCUUAAAAAAAAGAUCAAUUUAUUAUUUUAACACUUACACAAGCUACAAAAACACGACGAGAAUUUCAGUUUUACACAAGCAUGUAAUCCAGUUUUAUCUUGUUUUGUGUCUGUCUCGUUCAUCAGUAAACACUAGACUACCAUUCAGCGCCCCCGUUUUCUUUUUUUGCCGAGGAUCAGGCCUAACAUAGCCUAAGAGUAAAUCAAUUCCAACUCGUAAAAAAUAGAGCUAGAUAUUAAAAUACCUGGACUUAAGGUUCCCUAAGCAGCCUGCUGUCAACUUUGUACUCAUUCAAAAUUUUGCAACAUAACAAAACAUUUUCAGGAAACGCUGAUGUUGAACCAUGUCAAAGGAAAGUCCAAAAAAUGACAAAUUAUUUCAAUAAAUUAAUAGUCAAACACAAGAUUGCAUUUUGCCGUUGACCGCAAUUUGUUGAGGAUGUAUUUCAGCCAGACAUUAGCUAAAUUGCCCUGUUUAUUCAGUCUGUUUACUCGUUCUAAGCCUCCAAGACCCUCUACUAGUGAGGUUGUCGCCCUACACAGGUUUUUCACAAGUGCAAUUUAAUACAGUGGAACUUCGAUAUAACGAACGAUUUUCUUUACCCCAAUAGUAAAAUAUAUAAAAAAGAACCUCGACAUAGCGAAACCUCGUUAUAGCGAACUAAUUCUGUCAGUCCUUUGGCCCUUCAUUAAAGCGACUCACUGUAGCGGUCUUUAAGGUAGUUUGAAGUUGUACGUUUGUACUAAAAGGUUUACAGUUUUUAUUGUAAUUAUGCAAUUGAGGAUCUCUGGAGAACAGAGCUGCGUCUUAUUUCACGCGUACGGUACCGAACUUAAAAAGUUCAAAAUAUUGGGACCUUGAUGUGAUUUAAAGCGACAUCAAGAAAUGCUUUUAUGUCAUUUCAACGGAAAUUUAACGUUCGGAUACGUUUAAAGAAGUCUUUUUUAUGAGCCCGUUCUAAGUUGAUUGUUGUCAAGGAACACUGUCGAACCAAAAUUAGAUUACAUGAGCUUGGAUUUAUUGCUGUGAGGAUUGAUUGUUUAACACUCAAACAUGAUACUCAUAAAAUAUGAACCUUUGAAAACGUGAACAAACUGGCUGUGAUCUGAUGUGGUCAAUUUUAUGAGGAUGGGUUCCGUUAAGCUUGGAUGUUCACAGUUUUAGUACCUUUUGUAUUUAAGGACUGGUUUAAUAUUGACCGGUAAGUAGAAAAGCCUCGAAGGUAGAAUUGCCUACCAGUUCUUCAAAUGAAUUCGUGUUUCACUCAAGAUGUCAAAUCCGGCUAUUGGAAUGUCCGUGACAUAGCCAAAAAAACUUAUGCUCAGACAGACGUUGAUGUCAAGAUCAAGUGAAUGCAAUUUUAAAGCUGUCAAUCGUGCCUCGGUAUUAUCUCAUAUCAUGUGCUGUCCGUAAGUAGCUUGAGGAACCGCAGACUUUGUAUGCUAAAACUGCUGCCAUGUCAUUUGAGUUGUAAGCGAACGCGUCGCCAUCGGACACAGCAUGCUAAAUUCAUCAUCCUUUAUACAAUGUAACUGUUUUACGGAACAUCCUCUGCAUUGCUCAGGCAUUUUUCAGGCAAUGAAUUGUCCUGUUUCUACCUCGACCCUCGGAUAUAGGACAUCUUUAGAUGGGAUGCCGGCCACACACAGCGCUCUUGCGAACGAGAAAAGAGACAACACUAGCGAGCCAAGCAAAUGCCAAAGACUAACGUUCGGGAUUGAAAAUAUACUUUACGGAACGAAUAGCCCACAAGGUAGGUAAACUUCGCCAUGAGAAGUGCGUAUAGUCGGGUUUCGAAGGGAUCUGUUCAUGAAUAACAUUAAACUAAGUAACAAGCAAGCUUCAUUUGUCCAGUACUUUUCAUCUAGAUUGUAGUGUACAAAAUACCAAACGUGACUGAGUAUUUUGGAGCUUUUGAUUGCAAUCAAAUCACUUGAUUCAUCGCUAGUCAUUUGGACUGUUAUUUACUCCCAGACUUGCCCAUCCGUUAACCGCUGGUUAAUGUGGUAAAAUGUGCAACUCAGUUUCCUAUGGCGCACUUGAUUGCCGCCGGGAGUGUAAAUUUCCUUGAUCAAUCAGAUGUCCGCAGUAGCGGGAUGUAAGAAGAAGAAUUUCCUCAGAAAACAUUUGCAUUAGAGGAAUAACGUGUUGUUUACAUUUUCAACAGCUUAGUUCACUUGAUGCGCAACUGAAGAAUUGAUUGAAAAUCCCUAAUAGUCGAUUAAAAUAAGCAAAUACGAUGAUAAAAACAAGUGAUAUUUUUAAUGUUGCCUGAAUCAUGUUGAAAUAUGCAGCUUGCUGUCUGUUUUAGGUUAAGUUAAAAAAAUGAAAGUAUCUCAAUAGCGAGAGUCCGAAAUAACCGGAGUUUGUUUCAGCCAAGGGUUUGUUACUUUUCCCGGCGGGGAUUUUCCAGCUGUCCCUGCGCGUUACAGCGAGGUUUCUGCGAGACGAGGUUAACAUUAUUAUUCCGCGUAAAUUGCGCAAAGACUUGCUAUGUUCCGGGUAUGUAGUUCAUUGCGUGGCGAGAUAAGAUAAACUUCUGUUUACAAUUUCCUGUUAUAAGAAUAAUUCAAGUUCUUGUUUUUCUUUAAACGCUAAAGCUGUGGAGCGAUUGGAUUAAAACCAGUAAAACUAGAAACAGCGAUGUGUAGAGGUGUCGAACUGGUUUAAGGCUAUUCAUGAUUGUGACAACCCCACCCCUUGCCUCUCACAACGCUACCACAGGCACCUCAUGUCAUCCAAAGUCAAAUGCCUUCAGAACCGCUUUUUUAGUAUUAGAGUGAGCAAAUAAGUAACAAACCAACCAUUGUAGCUUUAAUGCAUGGUUACCAUAAUGGGGACAGACUAUAACUUUAACUGGUUAAACUCAUAGCCAUUUCACCGGUUUGUAGAGCUUCGAACCAGUGGUGUGUGCAUUUGUUGACGAAUGACUUUUACUAAAACUAUCCGAUCAAAUCCGGUCCAAACUACACUUACUUUAACAGGCAGUUCGUUUCUGUGCGGGUUGUAAGAUCUGUAAGCGACUAGGUGAGAGCAUCAUUUGCUCUUAAACCUAAAACUGGGAGUCCGCAAUAAAUGUCUUCAUGCAAACAAUCCUCGAUCAAGUUCCUUGAACUUGAGGAAGUGACAAAACCGAUUGUUCCUUCAAUAUUCAUUAUAAUUAUACAUUUUCGGAUUCUGUUCACAUUUUUGUGUACGAAGAUCUCCAACUGUAUGCAUUUAAAAAGGCCAUUCGUUUCUAGGCGAUACAUUGUAAGAUAUUAAGUGAUAAGUAAUUAAAGUUGAGGUCCGAUUUUUGUUUUAGUGUUUUGCUGCUUUUGGUAAGGUAAUUGAAAACAAGAAGAUCGAGAAUUUAUUGUGAAAAUGUUUCCUGAAUUUGGUCGAAGUGGGGAGAAAACUUUGAUGCAAGCAUUCCCUGUAACUGAGUUUAAAUACCCUGCAAAUUAUUAAGUGUUUUUAUUGUGUCGAGUUAUACCCCUAACGUGAGAAUAGUAGCAUUAACUCCUUAAGGAUAUUAUAUAGUAUGUCAGCCAGAAACAAUAUUUAUUUCAAGAACUCAAUCCUAGAUACUAUGGUGCGAUCACGACCUAAAGAUCUUCGAUACUGUACUAGCGCUACUAAUUUUUCUAACUUCGUUGCAAUAGGCAGUCCGCGAUCGACCGUUGCUUACGGCAGCGCGAACCUAUUUAUCUUUCAGCAGGAUCAAGACGAAGAAAAAUAUGACAAUCGUUGACUUCAAACUUGCAGAUAUCAAACUAGAGAGCUCUGAGGCUUAUUUGCCCUGGCUGAGGUUAGGGAAAAAUUUGUCGUAGAAUUUCGAAGUUAUUAACGUUAUUUGUAAAAAUGCGGUUUUGAAUAUAUUCCGAGAUCUCAAAUGAUUUUAUACCUACAAGAAAUACAUAACAUUAUCUUCUAACCCAGAAAUCAUAGAAAUUAGUUAAACCGUUCAUGCCGAAAAACGCGAUUAAAAAACAACCAACACCCAAAACAAAAGUUCGCAUCACCUUAAAUUUUUAGAGGGGCGAUCAUUUCAUGAAAAUAAAUUUACUAAAUGAAAUAACGAUAAUGAUAAUAAUAAUAAUAAUAAUAAUAAUAAUAAUAAUAAUAAUAAAAUACCUACUAAUAAGUCUGGUCCAAAAAUAAAACAAAUAUUAAACCGUGCAGUGUAGCCAACCACCCAUUGUCUUCGUUAAUACUAAAUAUCAUUGAUACCAAACUGUUUCCUGUAUAAAACAAUAAAACGAUAGAGCUAUUGAUGAGCCACAUUUAGAACAACCAACUUAAGACUUAAAUGACCUCCUCGGUGAAGUGUUUACUCAUCUUUAGGGAAAGUUCAUUUAAUAUGACAGGGGGGGAUNUGGUUUUCAACUCAACAAUUUAAUGACCUGUGCAACUCAGCUAUAUCACGUGGUUUACAGAUAUACCAAAUGUAGUCUCAGUAAUUAUUACACUCUUGUUCAUCCUAAAAAUGCUUUAGAAAAUUGUAUCACAACUGUAUCUCAAGUUUGUCAUAGUAUAAACCAUUGAAGACAAUAACGGUAAAUAUAUUUAAUACAGUCUAGCGAUCUUUUUUCAGGGGAGCAAAGGAAUUGAAGGAGGAGGGGGGGGGGCUCUGAAAUUUUUUCGACUACCAAGGAGGGGGCUCCUAAAAAAUUGAACCGCUAGCGAGGGGGGCUGCUAAAAUUGCAAGCUUCGAGUUUCAAUAUCUUCAUCCCCCCCCUUGUCAUAUUAAAUGAACUUUCCCUUAGGUAUCAUCCUUUGUAAGUUAAUUCCGAUAAAAAAAAAGUAGAAAUCCCAAUUAGUCUAUUUUUUUUUUAGUUUGGUAUGCACAUGCAUCAUUAAGUGGUUACAGUAUACGACGGACAAUUAAUGAGGUUAUAAUCUUUUGAUACUUUUAUCUUCUGUUAUGAACUUUGAAAACGGAUAUUUUGCUAGGAAACUGGCCAACAGAAGUUGUUAUUAUGCGGAUCUAUUUGAAACUGGAUCUUUUCUGAGAAAUAGGUACUAAUGAUAUCGCAAACAUCGUCAUAUGAUCGAGUGUUUAAUUUGAACUGUAAAAUACAAGGAAUAACCAGGCCUUUUUUAUACGGAUAUUAACUCUCGACCUCUUUCUUAAAUCCACGACUAACCACGCCUUUUAAAGAUCCUCGUUUAUUAUUCUUUUAAGAUAUUCAGGGCGUUGGGAGAUUCCCCGAUAAAGUAGUCACGAAUUUUAUCUUCAGAGAAAGUUCCGCUAAAAUAAUUUUUUAAAACACAACGGUAUCCUCGACAAACUGUAAAAUUCCCAUUUGUUGUUCAAAAAUAAAAAAGUGUCCAAAUGAGUAGCAAUGCUGAUUAAUCUGGUAUGUGGAAUAACGUUGGCAAAUUAAUGUCAUACUAAAAAGAAAUGGUGAUGGUACGAGAUUAAUCUGGCGAAGACUAAAAAAGAUAAGCCAUAUAGAAACAGGAAUAACUCGAGUAGUGUUGCAGGUAAAACAGUCGAACCUCGAUUUAUGGAUGAACUUAAUACAUGCAUGACACCUCGUUGUUACGGACAGUUCAAGAACCUUGGGAAUAAUGCGGACAAUGAACAGUCCAAUCAAGAUUACCUAGAAGGUUAACUUUGGUUAUUAAUCAAGGAACGCAAUUUCAGUAACUGUAUGCUGUGAAAUUGCUUAACUUUUAAAAAAUUCCGUUGUUCAAGUACGCCAGUUUAGAGUUAGUCUAUGGCCGUUUAUUAAAUGCGAUGCAACCCGUUCGAUGUUUUGACUGUUUAAUGUUUUGGCUGAUGCAACUAGUUAUUCUCAGAAAACUUCAGCAGUUCUAUCUAGACAGAGAUUUUCCCCAUAAAACCUGUUGACGACCACGCCUCUGUCCGUCUUUGGGAAAAGUGCGAGGUGGAGGCCACUAGCACGAAAUUACCUUCACGUCCUUCCUAAAAACGUAGACAGCAAACUCUUUAAAAAUGUGAACAUUUGGCGUAAGCUGCAUCUCUUUUACAGUCAGUCUUUCCUGCUUCAACCGAAUGGUCAAGUUUCUUUUACAAAGGCAAAUUAACUACAAUUUUUACCUGAUAUUGUAGAUUACAAAAAAUGAGAAAUUAAUACCUUAAUCUUAUCCUUAAGUCCUUCUUCAUGGAAUGAACUACCCCCAACGUCGUUAAAGAUGCGUUUUUGUUUUUUUGUUUUUUUCGCCUAAAACUACAACUAAACUGACUUACAAUAGUAAAGUCGGUUGACAGCUUUGCAGUAUUGAAUUGGCCCAGAAAAAAACCAUCUUUGGCGACCUUGGGGGUAGGUCAUAAAGAUAAUAUUAAGUUGUCAAUUUCUUGGCUAUUUAUUUACGCUUGAGCAAUGUAAAAAUGUUAAGUACCAAUCCUACGGCGUCCUUUUUCGUUCUUAGGCGUAACGUUGCUGGUCUCCGUGUUGACUACCCUUCCGGCCCGUACGUUAAUUUAUUUUAUUCUAUUUAAUUUUUAUUUUAUAUUUUUUUUAAUCCAGAUCAAAGAAAAGUCCAUUGCCCGUUUUCGUGGAAUAAGGGCCUUAAUUUUAUUACCCAUCAGCCCUUUUAUUACUCUCCGCCCAUGCGCACUUCCACCCGUCCUUGGUGUCGUCCAGUCUUCACGCAGCUGCAGCGGCGAGGCCUGGAAAAGCGUUUCCAAGCAACCAAGUACGUCACCAAACGAGAGCGGCUUCAGAUCGGGACCAUGUUGGGUUUAUCCGAAACACAGGUGAAAGUUUGGUUUCAAAACAGAAGAACAAAAUGGAGACAUGGGGCAGCAGAGAAAGAGGAAAAACAGAAUGAAGAACUGAAAAAUGAGGAAGAG